AUGCUGUCGACUCGCCAAUCGAUGCAUUACCCAAAGCUGCCAUUGAGUCCAUCGCUUCUGGUUCAGCCAUCGCGUAGUCAUGAAGACGGAUCGCCUUCUGCUAAAGCGGCACUUCCACGAAGAGCUCGCUCCAAACAACGUCGCCCAAGAAGCCCGGCUCGAAUUCGUCCUUGUAGUAGCUCAAGUGAUUUUGGUAAGUGGUAUAAGGUCUUG